AUUCCUCACCGCACGAUUUAUCGGAAGAAGAUUUGAACACCAAGCCCGAAGACUUAAAAAUCCCUUCUCUUUCUCUCCAUAUCUCCUCUCACAACGGCACGAAUCCUCAAGUUGAAUUUCUCUCCUAUCAUUCCUUUUUGCGGGGAUUCAAUUUCUGUUUCGCUUCGGUUUUUCAUCUUCUAUUUGUUAAUGUGGAACGAGAAGUUUGGGUGAUUCGAAUUUAUGGUUAAUAAGAGAAAUAGUUCUAUCCUGUGUAUCUUUAAUGUUUUGAAUUCACGAGUAGAAGAUAGUUAGACAUAGAAGAAGACGGCCGGAAGUAACCCCGGGGUUUUAUGGUUUGUUAAUUUAUUUAUGUGUUUUUCUUCUGAAGCGGUCGUUGAGUUCUGCUGCCACUUAUUUAUUGCUUGAGGGCGACUUGUUAGCGUGAUUUCAGACUGAAUUUCGUUUAUACUGCUUUUGUUUGAAGAUUGUGUAUUUUUUGGAAUAGCUCGAUAUCCUGUUGCAGAUGUUCUUAUGACGUUUUCGAAAUAGGUUUCGGAAUCAAGUAUACUAUUCUGAGGUAUCGGUGAUAUUUGAAAAGUCGGUUAAUUGAAUUGAUUUUGGUUUUUUUGUGUUGGUGCGGCGUAUCGAUGGCUCCUCAUGGUGCUGCUCAUACAGAACCUGCGGUUAUGGAGCAGAUAAUUAUGGAAUUUUUUGCCAAAAGCCUUCAUAUUAUACUGGAUUCGCGUUGCCCUUCUGUUUCAUCGAGAAAUUACAGCGGCGAGCAAGUUCCAUCCUCGCCGUCCCCAUCAUCCUCAUCUUCAUCCUCCCCAAGUUUCAGGCCAAGAGAUAGGUAUCUUAAUCCGACCUUUCGGGAGUACUCUGCUGCCUUAGAAGCCAUAGAUUUGUGGAGGCAGAGUAGUCCAGAGCCCAUGAUAGUUGAUAUUGUUUUAGUCCAGAGGCAGCAGACUGAAUUGGGCCCCUUGAAUUUCUCCCCGAAAAAAUUCUUAGCAAGGAAUUCAUCUGGGAAAGAGAGGGGUUAUUACAGCUCAGACAAUGAUGAGUUUGGGUGUGAUCCUAAGAACGAAAAGGUCAUAGAGAGGUGGGUUUUGCAGUAUGAGAGUAGGAAGAAUGCUGCAAGAGCUGGAAGUAAGAGGUCGAGCUGUAUGAGCCCUCAGACACUGUACAAGAAGUCGAUUGUGCUGUUAAGGUCAUUGUAUGCAACAGUUAGGCUUCUGCCUGCUUAUAAUUUGUUUCGUGACCUAAUUUCAUCUGCCCGGAUUCGACUGUACAAUCUUCGCCACCGGAUUUCAUCUUUCGUCGAGCCCUUUACCCAUACAGAAGAGGCAGAGAUGCAGCGAUUUGUUUUUACACCGAUCGACACUUCUUGUGGCAGGCUGUGCCUCUCAGUCAUGUAUUGUUCGUCGGUAAUUGAAGUGAGUUCUGAGCCGUCAACUCCAAUGUCUCCGCAAAUCAUUUCAGAAUAUGUUGGAAGCCCCAUGGCUGAACCUCUUAGAAGAGUUCCAAUGUGUUCGUAUCCAUUUGGUAGAAGGCAUAGUUGGAGUUAUGACCUGUACAUGGCAUCACCACCAUCAGCGAAUCCAUCUCCUUCACCGACACAUUCUGAGCCCCAUGCCUUGUUGUCGAAAAGGCGUAGCUCUCUCCUUCCUCGUUCAGGUUUACCCCGUCCUACACAUGAUGAACCACUGGUGGUUUAUGUGAAAAAUCAAAGAUACGAUGAGCACUGCCCCUCUUCCUCCAUGCUCUCACCAUCUCCCUCACCAUCACCGCCUAUGAAUGUUCCCGGUAAUCAUAAGUCUAAUGUACUGUCACGGUGUGAAAGUGCUCCUGUUAGUAUACCUAUUCCUAGGUUUCCCAGCAUGCCUUCAUUGCCGGAUAAGCAACUCCCACCUUCGGUGAAAGCUGAUCAACUUGCUGUUCAUAAGCAAAUUAGCCCAGCGGUUAACAAGCUGUCAUCUGUCAGACAUGAUGGGCCAGUUUUGGAUGUGAAAUCAGCAGCUAGCUCUCCGGCAAAGGUGUUUUCUAGGACAUCGAGUAGGCUAUCUUUGCACGAUGAUUAUGAUGGUUUCGAUUUUUCUGGUCCAUUUUUCGUGGAUGAUGAUGAAAUCAUGGAUUCAGCUUCCAGACUGGACCAUCCAUUGGGACCCCACAAAAGAUCACAAGACCCAAUGGUUGGUGCUCUUGUUUCUCUACUGAAUAAAGCACCGCCUCUCCGGCCAGAUGCCUCAGUCGCCUCGCCCUAUCUUCAGUCCACUUCCUCCAACAUUUCCACGUCCGGACUUGCUACAUCCAAAACUACAGCUGAUGCGCUCGAGGAGCUCCAAACAUAUAAAGAUAUGAAAGAUGCGCUGCUGAAGCAGGGUAAGGAUCGACAAUCAUAGCAUUUGUUCGCGGCGUAUAACCAAGGGAGUUCUUCAAAGAUUUAGCAGUACAUACACUUUGAGCUUUACAUACUUUUUAAGGGUUGUUUUAUCCAGAUGUUACUUUUUUAGGCAUAUUAAUGUUGAUUUUGAAAUGCCUAUGGAACUUUUGUUUUUAAGUUAAAUGGGAUAUGCAGUAUUUAUAUCAACUGCUGCCUUGUGUAUAAUACAUACAUACUUGCAUACAAUUGUUCACAUUAUUGAGCUUCUAGUGUGACUAUCCAUUUGUGUAUA